AUGGCGAAUCCGGUGCCGAAUCCUGCUGAAUGUGGCAUACAGGUGUUUUGCCGUGUCCGUCCUCUCAAUAGCAUGGAAGAAAAAGGUGAUUCGAAGUUUGUCCCGAAAUUUUCAUCUGAUUCACAGGAAGCAAUAUCAGUUGCGGGUAAAGUUUAUGUAUUUGACAAAGUAUUCAAGCCUACUUCCACACAAGAGGAAGUUUACAUGGGUGCAGCCUAUCAUAUCGUACAGGACGUCCUUUCUGGUUACAAUGGCACUGUAUUUGCUUAUGGACAAACAUCAUCUGGAAAGACUCAUACGAUGGAGGGUGUUUUCGGUGAUUCCGAUAUGCAGGGUAUAAUACCACGUAUUGUGCAAGAUAUAUUCAAUCAUAUUUAUAAUAUGGAUGUUGAUCUCGAAUUCCAUAUUAAAGUUUCAUAUUUUGAGAUUUACAACGAAAAGAUUCGUGAUUUGCUCGACGUAACAAAGAUGAACCUUGCAAUUCAUGAAGAUAAAAAUCGAGUACCAUAUGUGAAGGGGGCCACAGAACGAUUUGUUUCUAGUCCAGAAGAAGUCAUGGCUUGCAUUGAUGAAGGAAAAAAUAAUAGGCAUGUGGCGGUGACAAAUAUGAAUGAACACAGCUCGAGGAGUCACAGCGUAUUUUUAAUACAAGUAAAACAAGAAAAUACGGCGACUCAAAAAAAAUUAACUGGAAAGCUGUAUCUUGUUGACCUUGCUGGAAGUGAAAAAGUCAGUAAGACAGGCGCUGAAGGUACAGUAUUGGAAGAAGCAAAAAAUAUUAACAAAUCCUUAUCAGCACUUGGAAAUGUAAUAGCCGCAUUGGCUGAAGGAACGAAAGGACAUGUACCGUAUCGGGAUAGCAAACUAACUCGAAUUUUGCAAGAAUCACUGGGUGGUAAUUCAAGGACAACAAUUGUAAUUUGCUGUUCUCCGGCAUCUGUUAAUGAAGCGGAAACAAAGAGCACGUUGAUGUUCGGGCAGCGAGCUAAAACAAUCAAAAAUGUUGUUAUAGUGAAUGAAGAGUUAACAGCGGAAGAAUGGAAACGACGUUAUGAACGUGAAAAAGAGAAGGUGACUAGGCUAAAACAACAACUGGUGGCGGCAGAAGCAGAACUGAAUCGAUGGAGGAAAGGGGAAAAAGUGCCUGAAGCAGACUGGGUUAGCUUGCUUGAAGGCGCUGCUAUGAAUCUGCAACUUCCAUCUGGAGUAGAAUCACUGUCACCAUCUGUUAGUGACUCAGUGCUCGGUUCACUUGACAGAUCGAUUUCGGUUGCUCCAGUACCAUUACUAACGUCAGCAAUUGGUGCAAUUACCGAUGCCGAUCGAAAGAAGUAUGAAGAAGAACGAUCAGUACUGUAUCAACAACUGGAUGAAAAAGAUGAUGAAAUUACUUUGCAUUCUCAACUCGCUGAGCGUCUCAAACAGCAAAUGAAUGAGCAGGAAGAAUUGAUUAGGCAGAUCAAGCUCGAUUAUGAGAAUGCUCAGGCGGAAGUGAGUCGUAUCCAGAGUGAAAAUGAAGCUUCAAAAGAAGAAUCAAAGGAAGUGCUGACUGCUUUGGAAGAACUUGCAAUGAAUUACGAUAUAAAAACACAGGAAGCAGAGCAGAAAACUCGAGAAAAUGAACAACUCUGUGAUGAGCUAUCAAAGAAAAAUGUAAAAGUCGUAGAAUUGACUACGGAACUGGAAACACUGCGUGAAAAUUGUGCAGCACAGAAAAAGCGCAUCACUGAUGCGAUGCAAUCAAUGCUGAGAGAUUUGUCAGAAGUUGGUAGCAGUUAUGCAAAUGCAGCUAAGUUUAAUGCAGAGAAUGGAAUUGAGAGACCAUAUGAUGAAGAACUGUUCGCACAUGCACGAAUCUGCAUAUCAAAAUUAAGCACUGAUUUCAAAUCAACACUUCAAAAAAUGUCAAGCUUAGAGUCGGGUUCUGGCGAUGUAACACAGAGACUUGAAACCACCGAAAAGGACUUAGCUGAUUGUCGAUUACUUCUGCAACAAAAUGAAGCGAAAAAUAAAUCAUUGCAGGAAACAAUUACAGUACAGGAAAAAGUGAAACGUCAACUUGAGGAGCAAGUAGACAUGUUGAAUGAAAAAUUAGCUGCCGUAGGUGGUGAAGCUGUACAAAUAAGCGAUGAAGCAAAAGAGCAGCAUGCCAAACAAGUUGCUGCACUAAGAGAUGAAAUAGCCGAGAAAAGCCGUAAAAUUGAGGAUUUAACUGCAUCAUUGCAAGAUUUACAAGUCGCUAAGAAUCAGUUGCAAGCAGAUUACGAAAAACUGAAAAUGGAUGAACAUGAACAAGAAAGACGCAUUAAAGAAUUGUCUGGUUUGUCCGAAAAACGGGAGCAGGCGAAAAGUGAUCUGAAAGGAUUGGAGGAAACAGUUUCGAAAGAACUGCAAACGUUGCACAAUCUUCGUAAAAUGUUUGUGCAGGAUAUUGGACAGAGAAUUAAACGAGCACCUACAGGCACGGAACCAAAUGAAGACGAGUAUAUGUCUUCGCCGGCUCAAAAACAGAAGAUCGCUUUCUUAGAGAACAAUUUAGACCAGCUAACCAAAGUUCACAAACAGCUUGUGCGCGACAAUGCUGACCUACGUUGUGAAUUACCAAAAAUGGAAAAACGACUCCGUGCUGCUAUGGAUCGUGUGAAAAGUUUAGAAACAGCGCUGAAAGAAACAAAGGAAAAUGCUAUGCGGGAUAGAAAAAAGUACCAACAUGAAGUUGAAAGAAUCAAAGAAGCUGUACGUCAAAGAAAUCUUGCUAGACGAGGUCUUACUGCCCCUCAGAUUGCGAAACCAAUUCGUCCUGGACAACACUAUUCACCAUUGGGUACGACAAUGUCGGUGUUGACUUCAGCGCAGAGUUCCAUACGAGGAGCGAGUCAGUCAGUAAAUGCCGGUUCGGUGAAUAAUGCUGCUUGA